AUAGCCGACAGCCGCUCAGCUCAACCAAGUCGAUACAUGGAGAAGACACAGACCAGACGCUCGGAGGAGACACCGGUGCUUCACAAACAGGACUCAGGAUGGUCUAUAGCUCGGCUCUGGUCUUUGGACACCUCUUGUCGGAGGAAGAAAACGUAGAGAUGAUGGGAAAGUGCUUUUGUCAGUUAAAGACAACUGGACAAAAGAUGAGUUCAUCCCGGCGGGGAAGCGUCGAGAGUUACGAAGAAAGCGAGAGCAUUUCAUCCUUUGCUGACCUGGACGCUGGUCUGGAGCACGAACAGCGGCUUUUCCAGCAGGUUGUGACUCAGCAGAUGGAGCGUCGCCUCACUGAGGCCAAGGCUUCCAUCCUCAACUGCCAGGUGCUGCUGCUGCCUCACCACAUGACCACCAGGAUUAGCCAGGAUGUGGUGCGUGCCUCUGCUGAUGAGCCCUGUGGGCUCCGGGGAGCCUCCAUCAAGCUCUACAUCGAUGGCAAAGACGGCCUUAAGUACACUGGGAGCAUCUUCCCCGAUUCGAGCGUCACGCCGACUUUCGAGCUGUCUGUGGUCUUCAAGGCAGAAAGUGACGGCUGGCCGUCAUUCAAGAACAUCUUCGAUGCCAACAAAGUUUUGAAGCUGAGACCAGAGUACCGGCUGGUCAAGAGGAAGCUCUACUCCUCUGCCAGCCCGGUUGUUCACGACUUCAACUAGGGGUGAAGAUGAGACGCUAAACCAUUAUCCGUGUGUGGUUUUAACCGUCAGCUACAUGUAGUCUGCCGUGCACUGGAACCUGAUUGCCUUACUGUAGUUUUUAAAGUGAGUUAUUUAUUUUUCUGUAUGAAACUCUGACAGGAGGCCUGCUGUAUUUUUUUUCUUAUUUUAUAUUUAUUUUUUCCCCCUUUCCUCUAUUCUGUAGUCGGUGACAGUAUUUUUGCACUAGUAUUUGAAUGUAAAGUGUGUACACUGGAAUCGUGUCAGUACCAGGAUUGGGCAGGUCUCUUUCCUGAAAGAUGCUUUUUAAUAUACAGAAUGCGAAAUAAACUCUUUGCACAACUUCA